AUGUUGUUGUCCUCGCAAGCCUUGUCCAAUCAGUCUAUCACGGACUUCCUCAUCGUGGAGUAUCAGAGUGAGAUUGGCGGACGAGUCCACCACGCCGAUUUUGGAAAGGGUGCAGACGGCAACCCACUUCUGGUUGAAUACGGUGCGAACUGGAUUCAAGGCCUGGGCACUGAAGACGGCCCAGAGAACCCAAUCUGGACAUUGGAGAAGAAAUGGAACAUUUCGAGUCGAGAGUCCAACUUCUCUCGGAUCCUCACGUACAAUCAGUCUGGUCUGUCAGACUUCGAAUCCGAGAUAGAGGAGUAUGAGAAUGCCUUCUUCCGCAUGACACAGGAAGCUGGCGAGCUUCUCACAGACAAUAUCCAGGACAAGACAAUCCGUGAGGGCCUUGUGCAUGUCGGCUGGCAGCCAGACCAGCGCGACGACCCAGCCGCAGCUGACGCCGUCGAGUGGUGGCUCUACGAUGGCGAGCAGGCAUACACGCCCGAGGAGACGAGCCUCGUAUUCAACUCGGCGGUGAACAAUUUCACUUUCCUACAGUACAGUGGCAAGAACAACUUCGUGAUUGAUCAACGCGGUCACAACACCUGGAUCAAGGGUGAAGCAUCAACAUUCCUAGAUGAAGACGAUCCACGUCUUCUCUUGAACACCAUAGUCAACAAAAUUGAGUAUUCAGACGAGGGCGUAGAAGUCACCAUGGAGGACGGAUCUUGUAUCUCUGCCGACUACGCCGUCUGCACUUUCAGCCUUGGUGUUUUACAGCAUGAAUCAGCGGUAGAGUUUGAUCCUCUGCUGCCAGAUUGGAAGAAGACGUCCAUUGACAUGUUUAACAUUGGCACAUACACGAAGAUAUUCAUGCAGUUCUCGGAGAGAUUCUGGCCUGACGACACUGAGUUCUUUCUCUACGCUGACCCAGUCCAACGAGGCUGGUACCCCAUCUGGCAAUCCCUCGACCUCGAGGGCUUCUUCCCGGGCUCCCACGUCCUCUUCACCACCGUCACGGAGCGCGAGUCAAAGCGGGUGGAACGCAUGACCGACGACCAGACACUCGCCGAGACGAUGGACGUACUGCGCGCCAUGUUCCCAAACGCCACGGUGCCCGAGCCGACCGCCUUUGCCUACCCGAGAUGGGGUACCGUCCCCUGGUCAUACGGCUCCUUCUCGUGCUGGCCCGCGGGCACCACGCUCGAGAUGCACGAGAACCUCCGCGCCAACGUCGGCAGGCUGUGGUUCGCGGGCGAGCACACCAGCUCCACUUACUUUGGGUACAUGCAGGGGGCGUGGUUCGAGGGCCGUGAUGCUGGUGAGAGGAUUGCAGGGCUGAUUCACGGCGGGUGUAUCGGUGAUGCGCCUACGGGCGGUGCUUCGAGGGGUGGGGGGGAUUGUGGUGAGAGGGUCUGGUAUCAGAAGUUGCAUGGAACUACUGAGUUGGACGAGUAUAAUGUCCAGAACGGGUGGGAUGGGACGAGCUUCCAGACAAAUGGGCUAGAUGAGGAGUGA